AUGGAGUAUUUGGACUUUGACAAUUUACCGGACACGAAUUUCUCAUGCGACGGCAAAGUCAUCGGAGGUUAUUACGCGGACGUGGAGACCGGCUGUCAGAUGUUUCAUGUUUGCACCAUUGGUCAAAAAGCGGAAAUCACCGAUAUCAAAUUCCUAUGUCUAAACGGRACGGUAUUCGAUCAGGAGACUCGAGUAUGCGAACGUUUGGACGAAGUAGAUUGCAGCAGGAGCGAAAGUUUCUUCGAUCUUAACUUGGAGCUGUACGGAAACAACGGAGCGGGCUAUGGGAUCGCACCAGAAGAACCACCGGAACAAGAACCGGUGCAGUGUAAUGUGGACGAAGAAGAGUGUUCCGGAACGCCCGACUACUUCGACGAGGAAAUUACCACGGUCGCAGGACCAAUAGGCGCUCUGGUGGCCACUGCAGCGGCCACUGCCUCGACGACGACCACGACGACGACUUCAACCACCACGACGACAACGCCACGGACGACCACGACAAACUCGGCCACGAGCAGCAAGCGUCCAUCGCAGCCGAUAGCGAUGACGAGCACGCCAAAACCGACGCAACAGCCGGCCGUCUCGUAUCCGACAAACUCGCCGGAAACGAUAGCGGCUCUGAUAGCGUUGCACAAUGCGUUCCAGGAAAGUCUCAAGGAACGAGAACAUGGGCCAGGGCCCAAGGGGCAGCAGACCCACCACAGGUACCAUCCACCACCUCCACCUCCACCUCAACAGCAGCAGCCUAAACCGUUUACGGUAUCCAAUUUCCAACCACCACGGCACUUCCCGUCCAAGGCACCACAGCAGUAUCUGCAACAGCAGCAACUGCAACAGCAACAGCAGCAACAGCAUCAGCAGCAUCAUCUGCAACAUCAACAACAACCACCGCCACCGCCGUACCGACAUCAGCAGCAGCAUUUGCAACAGUCUCAACAACAGCAGCAGCGUCCGAUUUUGUUGUCGUCCGAGCGRUUCGGAAACCAAAACUUCCGGCACGGCUUCCAGUUGCAAAACGGACCGCCUCCGCCCGUGGACGAAUCGCCACCUCCGUCGUCGUACCAACAGCAACAGUACAACGGAGACGGUGCACAGUACGACGGUAACUACGACGAAACGGUCGCGGUCGUCGGACUUGGCGAAGAAGAGGACGUGGACGACGAAGAGUCUCGGCGGAACUUUGCUCGCGAAGCUCCUGAAUCUUCGGUCUCGGUUUCAGUGCAAGUAAGCUCGUCGUCGACUAAAAACAGUGCCAUCAACCACCAGCCACAGCAACAGCAGCGGCCGACGCAGGUGGCUGUCGUCGCCGCAGAAUCCGCGACGCCGACCACGACGACGACGACGACGACGGCCACGGCCCCGGCGGCCACGGCGGCCGAUCGCCCGUUCACGGACAAGCCGUCACUGCCGCAGCCUCCUCCAGCGGACGACACCGACCCGAACGGCGGAGAUCUGUACGAGGACGAGUACGAAGAGUUGGAAAGCGACGAAGAGUUCUUCAAGGACGUGUCAAAAGUCGGUCGGGACAGAAGACGGAGACACGCAAAGGGCGGCGCCGGACGAGCGUAACGAUAUGAUUAUUAUGAUAGUAAUAAUUAUUAUCGUUAUCGUUUCCAACCGUAUACGUCGCGGCAACGGUCCGCAAAAGCCACCGUGAGACGAUCGAACGCAGUUCAAAAUGUUUUUGCUCAAUAGUUUUGCGUCUGUUGUUAUGAUCACGACUAUAUGUUAUAUAUUAUGUAUACGCGAAUACGGCCAUUUUUUUUUCUCUUCUCGUCGUCGUUCGUAUAUUCUUUUACGUCGACGUUCCUGAAUCCUAUAUAUUGCUCCUUCUCAUCUCUCUCUCCCUGCCACCCUCAAAUCCUACUCCAYUUUGUCCUACCCGCGAGUAAGGAAAUAUACGUAAACGUUAUUUUUUUUUAUUUUUUUUACUUACUUAUUUCAUGUAUAACUUAGACGAUUUUUUUACAAAAUAUAUAUAUGCUAAUAAUAAC